AUGCGUUUGGUUGCUACCUUAUUAGCAGCUACGAUCGUUAUUCUCGCAACCGAGAAUGCAUUUCCAACAAUCCGGAACGAGAUCCAUCCUGCUGAACCCAGCGAUUCAAGCAGCAGGCUUCACGCCGAAAGUGGCAGCUACAACUACGAAGAGCACUCGGGGAUUACCGGUAGCAGUAAUUCUGACAUCGACAACAAUAUCGAUGAGGAGCGCGGAUCCCCGCUCGGGACUGAUGGCUUAAAAGAAGAAGAAAGAGGACUUUUUUCCUGGUACUUCCUGUUGGGGCCGUUAUUCAAAUCUCCUGAACGAGCCGAAGCGGUUGAAAAGUUCGGAAACGCUCGUAUUUGGCCUGCCAUUCGCACCGAGAAAUUGGAAAAUGGCCAAGAGCUUGUUAUUCCCAAGGUGUUUAAGGCGAAAAACGCUGGAACUGGGAAGGGAAAAACAACAUAA